AGUCGCAAUACUUAAGAAGCAAAUAUUUAUUGUUCAUUUUUAAAAGCAAUAAUACAAGCUUGAUUGUUAAGAUAAAGCAUGACCUUGCUCAUUGUUGCGGUCCGGGGCGUGGCUAAGGCACGGAGGCGUGGCUACAGGACAGAGGUGUGUUUGGGAUGGAGAGCUGCGAUUGGUUCUCGUGAAACAUUAAUUCUGUAAUUUAGAGUAUAAGAAGACUUUGAAACAUUAGACUUGACCGAGGACAGAAACAACACAGCCAGGACGCCAUAUAUUUUAAUUUGUCGAGGUUAUUCCUGAAGAUCAGACUAUGCAGAACCCUCAUCCACUUCAUAUCGUCACUCCACUAAGAGAGAGUCUGCCACUCUCUAAUAUAGCAGGUACAGCUGUAUAUCUGAAGCUGGACUCAUGUCAGCCUACAGGCUCUUUUAAAAUCCGAGGCAUCGGUCACUUGUGUAAGAUGAGGGCAGAAACUGGCUGUACUCGAUUUGUCUGUUGCUCAGGAGGCAACGCUGGCAUGGCUGCUGCCUAUUCUGCACGGAAGUUGGGAGUGCCUGCCACUAUAGUGGUGCCCAGUGUUACCCCUUCAGGCACUGUGCAGAGACUUUAUGAUGAAGGGGCUGAUGUUGUCAUUCAUGGCAAAUCAUUGAACGAGAGCCUUGAAUUUGGACAACAGCUUGUGUCUAACAAUCCAGACUGGGUAUUCAUCUCUCCCUAUGACGAUCCCCUUAUUUGGGAAGGUCACACCACUCUGGUGAAGGAGCUGGAGUCCCAGCUGGCUGGGAAGCCAGGAGCAGUGGUUUUGUCUGUGGGAGGUGGUGGCCUCUUGAAUGGGGUUGUGGAAGGUCUCCGCCGUGCUGGUUGGGAAGAUGUCCCCAUCAUUGCUAUGGAAACAGUAGGUGCUCACAGCCUCAAUGCAGCCAUGAAGGUGGGAGAGCUGGUUACACUGCCCUCCAUCACUAGUGUUGCUACCACGCUGGGCCUGACACGAGUAUCAUCUCAAACAAUGAAGCUUGUGGGUGAGCACACUGUUUACUCAGAGCUGGUCACAGAUCAGGAAGCUGUAUGGGCAGUUGAGCGUUUCAUUGAUGAUGAAAAGAUUUUAGUUGAACCUGCUUGUGGUGCUGCUCUUGGAGCCAUCUACUGCAAUAUCAUUAAGCGUCUUCAGAGGAAGAAUAAGUUGACUCAGGAGUUGGGACCAGUGGUGGUGGUUGUGUGUGGUGGCAACAACAUCAGCAUAGAGCAAUUGCAUAGUCUGAAGAAACAAUUGGGAAUGACCGGCUAGACAAGGACAUAUCCAGAUAAACUCCUGAUGCUCAUUGGGCUCUCCCUCGAUCUGUGA